GACCAAAAACAUGGCAGCCGAGAUGAAUACGGUUGUCGAAGGUCCCCUCAAAUAUAGGGACGGCAAGAAGUGGAAGUCGAGAUAUUGCGUUAUAAAGAAGCCUUCCCCUGUGGCGGAUCGUCUAUCAGUGUCAUUGUACAAAGACCAGAAAGAUGUUUCUCACAAAGAUGGUCAGCCCAAAACCACGUUUUUUGUGGAGGAUUACUACGGUAUAGAAGCUGACUUGACUGUGGACAAGGAGAACUGUGUGAUGGCCCUGAUCUGUCAGAAAUCUGUCAGUAUAUUUGCCUUUGAUCACCGAGAAGGCAUGCUGCACUUUGAGAUCAGCAUUCGCUGCAGUUUGGGUCAAGAUCACCAGUACCCUGUGCAGCUGUUUAAGGUCCCCACCCACAGUAAGCUGCCCCUGGGGAUGGCUCAGUUACACAUCCAAGGGCAGAAGUUCUGUCUGACGGCACACAGUCCACCUAAACUUCUCAUGUCCUGGAAGAUCCCUGAGCUUCGUAGAUACGGUAUUGUGGAUGGAAGAUUUAUGUUUGAGGGCGGCUCCAUGUGUGGCAAAGGUUCCGGAGUUCAUGGCUUUGAAUCUUACCAAGUUGAAGAAAUUAACCGAAAUUUUCUGUCCUCUGGCAGAUUUCCUGCAAGGAAGCCUCUUAUGUGGCGGAGAAACAAGUCCCAGGAGCAACAGAGUGACGAUGGACACACGUCUGAUCCGCAGAAGCCUAACGCAGAACUGGACUUCAGGGCUUACGACAGAAUGUGGUCUAAGCGACACUCUGCAGGGGUGAUGGAUUACCGUCUGGCUGUGGGGAUGGUGGAGAAGAAAAGGCUGAUGAGCAUAGAGAAUGUGGACAGACUCACACGGAUAUAUGACAUUCCUCCUCAGCUAGUCCGCAAAGUAGACAGUGAUCCGAGUAUCCCUGAGGAUGGCAUGGGCGAGCUCAGUUCUGAGGAUAGACUGGCGGAUGUGUCCAACAAAAACUUUGCGGAUAAUAUCCCAUCCAAUCGAAACACAAGGGAUAAAAACAAGUCAGACCAAAACUCCAGUAGAAAUUCUGGCGAGGGAACACCUUCAAUUAGGAACUCAGGAGAUGGAACUAGAUCAAAUAGGAACUCAGGAGAUGGAACUCGAUCAAAUAGGAACUCAGGCAAUGGAACUCGAUCAAAUAGGAACUCAGGUGAUGGAAUUCGAUCAAACAGGAACUCAGGAGAUGGAACCCGAUCAAAUAGAAACUCUGGCGAUGGAACACGAUCAAAUAGGAACUCGGGCGAUGGAAGAAGGUCAAAACGUAAUUCUAUAGAAGGUUCAAGGUCGAAUCGGAACUCCAGUGACAGUAGUCAUUCUAGUAGAAGCUCUGGAGAUGGAUCGAGAUGUCGUCCAAGGAGAUAUUCAGGAGAAUCGGGUCAUUCGUAUUGGCAUUCAGACAUAGCUCACAGAACCUCACUGGCUUUAAGACGCUCGUUAGAUAAUAUACUUGCUGGAAACCAGAAUUGGAUAGAAGAUCUCGAUGGUGAGUUCAAGGAAAACUCUCUCAGUAGGAGCAAUUUAUACAAAAGUACCAGUGCUUUGUGUACCAGAUUGUCCGAGUCGGAUAGUGUGUUAAUAGAAGAUGAGGUAGUUCAGGCACGGUCUGGUAAUGUUCUGAUGGAGGUUGAGGACUUGCACACCAUGUCUGGUACAGAAGAGGAGGUGGUUCAGACAAAAUCUGUUGUAGAGAGUGAGGUGGUUCAGACAAAGAGUGAGACGGGUAGUGAAGUGGUUCAAACAAAGCCUGCUGUGAUCAACGAGGUAGUAGAAGCAAAGUCUGAUGUGAUCAAAGAAGACGUACAGAUGAAGUCUGAUAUGAAGAAAGACAAUGUGACCAAUGAAGCUACUCCUUACAAUGAUGGUACGAACAGUAACGUUUCAGAGACAAAGUCUGAUAAUAUGUUACAAGAAGAAAACGUGUUGCCUGUUCAAUGUGAUGAUUUUUUCACGGAGAAAAAAGAGAUGAAAACUGUAUCUGGUAGUUUGGCUGGUGUACAGACUGAGUCUUGUGGUAUACCUUUUAAAGGUGAAAGUGUGAUGAGUCAGAGUUCUAUAAAACAAGAUGAGACGGCAGUUGUCUGCUUGAAAGCCACUGCUGAGCAAGAGAGUCAGAAGAAUGUUGUGAUUAGGAAACAAGCUGAGAAAGGCCAAUUGCAGACAACUUAUUUUGAGCCCAGGGUAUCAGGGAUCAAAUGCGACCUAAAGGACAAUGCAAUAAAGACUGUUGUCAGUGAGGAUGGUUCACCUACUCCUUCGUCCACCCUGACUGAUGAGGGGUCAUCACCAGAGGAGUCUCUGGCUAUGGGUGAAGGCAGUCAUCGUGAACUGGAAGAGUUGACUCAGCAGGAGGAAAUUCUGCUGCAUGAGAUGGACCUGUUGGAUGAGAUGCUGCAGGUGUGUGUGGAUGACAAGGAUGAUGACUCGCUGCCAGCUGGAAGGAAGACACGCAUGUCUCAGGGAUUUACUGACGCCUUGUCCACCCUUACCAUAGACACGUGCUGGACAGAGGACGGGAGUGACUCCAGCUCGACAGAGACGAGCAACAGUGCAUGUGGGUAUACAGAAACCAUUGGGUCCAUGUUAAGCCCAAAUCUGACCUCCAAGGUCAGCAGAAUACCCUCCUGCUCUAAGCUGGUAGCUCCUUUACCCUAUGUCAACUUGGACAAGUAUGAUCUGGGUUUCAAGACCUCAGACCAUGUUGAUGUGUCCAAAGUACCACUGGUCCGCAGAGGGUUGAGUUAUGACAACUUGAUGUCUGCAUCUAACCCUUCAAGAGAGAGAUAUUCUUUCAGAACCAAGAGUUUAUCCUGCUCAGAUUCCUCUGGUAGUUGUGCAAGUCUUUCACCGGACGUGUUUAUGAGAAGACCUCCACCACCAUUGCCACCCAAAGAACUGAAAGAGGAGUCGCCACCACCCAAACUUCCGCCUAAAGGACCAAACUUACUGCGGCGUCAGAAGGGAAUGUCAGGCUUGUUCAGUGCUGUAGAGGAAGGGCAACCAAGACGAAAACUAUCUAAACCAGUAGUGGGCAGACCUGAGCCAGGUCCUCAGUACCAGACGCCACGCUCAGCCCCCACCAGAAUAAGCAAACCUGUCCCCCCACUUCCAGAGCCGGAAGAACCCUACAUGUUGAUGAGUGACUUCCUACCCAAAGCUGUCUCUCCUAGCAGAGCUGUGUUCACCUGCCCUCCAGUAGAGGAACUGGCAGAAGACGACCCAAAGUCAGCAUAUAUGGAUAUGUCUGCUGUUUUAGACAUUCCACCACCAGUUCUGCCAAAAUGCUCAAGUGGACCGGAAAUCCACCGUAUGACCAAGGUUCCCCCCAAAGUUAUCCGUUCUCAGAGCGUGAAGACCACUGUGGAAGACAGUAGGAAACCCCGGCUGUUCCACUCUCACAGUGCUGAACCAUACUCUGAAAACUACAUGGAGAUGUCAGCUCCAGGGUCAGCAGAUGGCUGUGAGAAGUGGCUGAGUACUGGGGAGGAAGUUGCCAAGGCGGCCAUGCCAUUUUCAGACCUGAUCACAGUACAGAGUUACAGGUCCAGCCAGAAAAUAGAACUGUCUGGAACUGGAGAGUCAGCCAAUAACAACAACCCAACCCUUAACAACAGUGGGACGGACAAACUGGAUUCCAGCAGUGCUUCUAAUAAGUCAUUAAGUUUUUUUUCCAGGUUUAUAAGGACAAAAAAUAAAGAUAAGAAAUCAUCCACAGGCAACUCAGAUAAUGCUGAUGGAUUGAAAUCAGAAUCCGGGAAAAACAAAAGUGAUGUGACUUUGGCCAAGGUUCCAAACCGCUCUGCUUCAAUCUGUUACCAAAAUCAAGCUAAUCUGUUAGCCCCUCCUGCUGGAGCAGAUCGCAAACGCUCUUCAAGUUUCCCCAAUGCUGCAGUGUUUCUGGAAAAUAUGCAAAGCGAAGAUAAAAAUGGUGCUGUAUGCUCUGGAAAGACAAAGGAUAAAAUGGACAAGAGAGGGUCACAAUCUGAAGACACUUUGUUGUCCUUGCUUGAAAAAGAAACCAGUGAUCAUGCGAAUGAUGCGUACAGUCCAUACUGGAGUAUGGUCCCACUGCAAAUAACUUGCACUUCUACCUGCAAUGAAAAUAAAACCAAGGAAAAAUCUGCCCUAGAUAAAACAAACGAAUGUCCUAAGAACACAGUAGAGUCGGUAGAAGAGGAGAACUCUUCAAUGCAAGUGAAAACACCAGCUAAUUCUGUGGAAACUGUGCAAGAAAGAGUGAUUGUUGCACCAAAACUUGAAGAAAUACCUGAUGCUUUGAUUCUGGACACUGAGCCAACUGUGAGAAUGUUGGGACUGUUAGAGACCACUACAAACGGCCUAGGGCCUGAGAUGGACUAUGAUAAACUAUCACAUCAAACGGAUGAUGAGAAACUUUUGGCCUUGGCGAAGGUUACUAAGCAAGAACCUCAAGGAAGCGAGGGUGAAAGUCAUGCAGAAGGAAAACUGUCAGCCAGUGAGGAGGCAGCAGCCAUUGCUGAGUAUGUGGCUGCACUUGCCCCCUUCAUCCCCCCUAAAACCAAGCUCCACUACCCCGGGGGCCUGUCUCCUGUCAUAGAGGUCCUGGCUACCAAUCCAGCAGAGUUGACCGCCACAUCUAUGGACACCAGUGUUUCCAAACUAGCCAAGGUUCACCCUAACCCCACAACUGAGCCAGAAAAGUCCAAAGUUCUGUCUGAUGCUGCCUCUAGGAAGCGCAAGGCUAGAGAAACCUUGAGAAUUAUGCCUCCGAUGGAAGAUGAGAACGGUAACAUCUGGAUACCCAGAGGACCCAUGAAAAGAUCAGAAGCAGUCAAUGGGCAUGGAGUGUCAGGGGAGGACGGGAUGAAUACUGCCAGCAGACGGAAUGACCCUCUCCACCAAGUCAAAGAACACUUGGAUGCGUUGUCACUCUCCACACAUGGUAGCACUGCUGGGAGUCCGGGAACGCGGGCCGAGGAUAAGCCCCUGAGGAGCAGUCCUGCCUCGACCACACUCAGACCCCGUUCCGGUAAAGAGUACCACCGCAUAGACCGCCGCCGCCUGGCUGACGACCACAGCCCCAGCUCCUGUCCCAUCACCCCCCAGUCCCCAUCUACGGCUUCCAUCUUUACCUUUGAUACUCCAAGUUCCCCGUCAAUCCGCAGUAUCCUGAGUCGUGAGAGCGAGUCUCCCGCCAGCUCCCCCUCCAUCAUGAGAAACCCAUACCCUUGUCACUCCUAUGUGAACCUGGGGAAGGGCUCCGACAACCGACCCAACCUGUAUGUGAACAUAGACAUGACACCCCCCAACUCCCCCUUCAGGAGAACUCACAUGCCUCUAGAGCAGAUUGACCCCCAGUUAAAUUAUGCAGAAAUUGAUUUGUCUCAGGCUGGUUCUGACAGAUCACGAAAAGCCAAAAAGGGGGUGCAGAAAGCAGCAACAAUCGAGUAUGCUAUGAUUGACAUGGUAGCCACGGCUGCAGUGUCCAAGACACGCAAGGAACAGGACAGUUUACGGUGUUCAGGGCGCAAGUUUUCCGCCCCAGCCUCUGUGAUUGUUAAAGAACGACGGACUCUAGGCAGUGGAUCAUUUAGGGAGAAGGACAGGGCAAGGAAACUAAGUACCAGCUCUGUAGACUCCAAUGGUUGACCCAAGUCUUAUACUUUAGCCAAUUCCCUUUCUUUCUUUUUUUUUCCUUUUCCUUUUCAAUUUUGAAAUUGCAGUAGGUAUUGGUUAGCUGUGUUGUUUUGACAGGGAGCUAGUUCUCCUGCCCUCCCCCACUGCCACCUCCCCUGCGUGCUGGGCAGCUUCCCUCAACCUGGCUACCUGUGGCUCACAGGUAAAUGUACUAGACCAGUUCUUUUGGAGGCAGCGCUGGGACCAGGCCAGUCCAUUUCACAUAAAGCAGGUAGUUUCUCGUGUCACAAAGGUGCUUUCCUGAUGCAGGAACAUGGUGAUCAAAGUGAUAACUAGUGACCUCUCCUCCCCCCAACUUAGGAGAGGCCAACCCAGGUUGUGUCAAAGCCAAAUCAGUCCACUUCAUUUGCCCAUGUCAACUGAGUGUCAUCGGUACAACUGAGCAGCUUUGGCUGCCAGGUAACGGUGUUGUUGUUGUUGUUGGGACGUAUGACUGACCAAGAUCACACAGACUUUGAGAAGGCCAGUGACCUCUCCUGUAUAUAGUGUAUUUUUAUCACAAUUUGUUACGUGUGCAGAAUGGAAGGAUAAAUGGUAAUUGAUUUGAAUGGUGGGUGAUAAAUUUUGUAUAGGCUGUGUGGAUAAGAAAAUAUGAUGUAAACCAUGAAAGAUAAAGUUCAGAUGAUCUCUAUGACAUAUUACACAGAUGAAUGAUGGAUCAAUGUGAAAGGAAUGAUCUCAUGUCUACAUGUUUUGUGCAAGAAGGAUCAGCAGGAAUUAGUACAGUUAUCAGAUUUUAUGUGUGAAACUGAACAGGACUGUCUUGUGCUAAGAUAGGUUGAAAUGCGUAUACAAUCAUCUGUGUCACCUCCAUGAGUUAUACAGCUGAACUUCUUUUCAUCAUUUAUGAUUCACUUUUGUUAGCUGUGAAGGUUCUCUUUUCCAAAUCAUCUCGCAUUUUUGUACUGAAAUUUCGCCAUCUCCUAAUGAUUUAAAGUGGACAAAAGUUUCAAAUAUCAAAUUAUUUUUAAAAUUUAACAAUGAAAGUGGGUCCUGGAUGUCUCAAAUAACAUAAAUGUAUGUAGGUAUCUGUACAAGAUUUUCUAGUGCUAUCUUGAUUAGAAAAUGGCCAUGCAAGUUUCCAGUGUAUAUGUAUGUAUACUUGUGAGGCCUCUGUUAUCUAAGUUACCGUACCACUUCACUGUUUUACACUUGUUUAUUUGUUUUGCUAGAUGGACUGGAUAUUUAGUUUUUGUCAGUCUCCAUUUUUUGUAACAUUUAUAAUGAAUGUUUUUUAUCUAAUAUGUUGAAUUCUGUAACCUUGGCAACACAUAUUCACAAAUGGUUAAAUCUGUUAACAGCAGUUUUCAUCAUAUUAGCCAGAGUUGCACAUGGAUAUCACAUGCAAGUCUUGUAAAAGUACAGCAUAUUGCUCUUAUAAUGAAUAACAACACUCAUUUUUAAUUUAUGAACUUCUGUGUGUACUAUAGAGCUAAUGCUCACAAUUGUUUUGCUUAGUUUGAUUUUAUUAUUAUUGAUAGCUCCAAUUACAUGGAGAAUAUUCUAGCGAUGUUGAUGUAUGUGGAGUGGAUAUUGAAUAACAAACCAGGGUACAUUUGGUCUCAAUAAUAAAUCCGCUGAGAGAUGUAAAAUCUGAGACAAUUCCUGGUAGAAUAGAAAUACUAGCCUGAUUAAAUGUGUACUUUAGGGUAGAUGAAAUGUCACUGGUAAACAGUGUGCUAGUUUAAUUCCCAGUUGGAUUUUUGAUACCCAAAUCUCUCCAGCAAUGCUGUGCAACAACACAUAGUGUAAUGCAGAACGAUUCCAGCAGAAAUGCUGACACUCUUAAUACUAUGGGGGACAGUUUUGACAGAGAUGCUACAGAUAUUGGUACAGAGGAGGAGAGCUUUGACUAAGGUGCUUAUUUACUGACUCAGGCUGGUGUUGAAACAUGGGAGAGCUUUAAAGAAACGGUGUAGAAAAAACAGAACUUUGAGAAUUUAGAUUAGUAGUAAUCUUAGUCAAAAUUAGUGUCGUUGCCAUAGUAACAUGCAUGUACACCCACUCGGAACAUAUUAGAGAGCCAAACAUAGCAAGGUUAGACAAGACUAGACAAAGCAUACACACACUUGUACAAGAGAGCAUCAAUUGCCUUUGUGAAUCCUGUACAUAAUCGGCAUCUUGCAUUGAUUUGGAGCACCAUGGUUUGUGCAGUUGGCCAUGGUAUUGGAGCUUUGCAGAUGACAUAUUGUGUGACGCUCAUUGAGGAUAUCUGUAACAGAUCUGACAUCACUGCAUUUGCAUGGGCGUACGUUAUUAUUGCCUGAAACGAACAGAUUAUCUCUGAACUGGGUUAAAAUAUUGAUUCAUAGCGUAAAUGUGUUAACGUUUGAUACACAUGCCAAAAGCAUGAAGCUUUGUGUACAACUGUCUACUAUAGCGGACACAGGAAUCUUACUCCGACUACAUAGUGCCUGGGUUGGGAUCAGUGAUGUUUUCCUGAAUCAUAAUGCAUUGGUUAUUUACCAUAUCUCUAAUUAGGUAUCUACAUAGUCGUUGCAGCUGCAGUGUAUGGCCUGGCUACAUCUGUCAGUAACCUGAGUAUCAACUGGUACACACUGUGCAUUUCUAACAUACAUGUUCUGGCAGAUCCAGCAUCCGUAAGCAUCACAGUAGGACUGUUGUCUCCUCAGCUUAGUUAUGCUGCUGUAAGUGAUGGGGAGCUACCAUAAAUCACCUGCAAUUUCAUGGACUAAUUGCUCGGCAGUACGAAGAGUAGUACAGAAGGUUAUUUGUUGGUGAACAAGCAUGUGAGGUUACAUGCAUGUGAUGUACUGUUAACCACAUAAGAUUUCAUGUGAUUUUUUUCACCAACUUAGCAAUUAUGGCAAGUUGAUUCAUUAGUUGGUGAAAAAUUCUAUGACGUUCAAGUUGAUUUACUGCAGAAGUUUGCGAGGUGUAUCACUGUGUACAUGUAAAGCCUGCAGAUGUCUCAAAGCCCAGCUCCCAUUGUGACUGGGUUAGAAACAACAUUCUAACAGCUUUUUUUUAAUCAUAGGCCAACUCUCGUUAUUACUCCUCCUGGAAACUACACUUGUAGUUUCUCUUUAUCUGUACUGGUACUGUCUGUUUUAGCAGUUCAUUUCCCCAUGGGGUUUUUAAUCUUCACGUUUUGUUUGUCUCAUGGCGUGUAGCUGUUCGAAGUGAAAUGACCCUAUGGCGGCCACCAUUUUUGCUGUAACUGGUUGCAAUAGAAAACCCUCUAACCUUCUGUUUCCCUAUGACUCCUCACACCUUGGUUUGCUCUCAGCAGGCUUAGCUUCUCAUGAUACCUACAGUGUGCCGUUUUCAUCCGAUGCCAACUUAUCAGCACUGAGUGUCCUACUUUGGCAACAUCAAGCUGCUGUGUCAGGCAUAUACAUUUUUAAUUACAUUUAACAUUUAAUUGUAUUUGUGUGUAAGCUGUCACUGUGUAGGGAUGAGGUUGUCAGGUGCGGCUUUUGUACACCUCACAAGCAGCAGCCCUAUGUGGCAGAUAGUAUUGAUGUUUUAUAAAGCUUAUAGUACUGCAUGUUGGCACUUUUAAAGAGCUGCACAGCCUUGCUUUAAGGGCCACUCUUCUCCUUGGUAGCUAAUUAUUGACCUUCAUUGACAGGUCAUCAUGACCUGGCUGUGCUGUAGAUUGUAGGUGGAUUGUUGAAAUCUGCAAUCCUCUCAUUAUAUCUUUGUGCAAGGCUGUAUACAGUCCCCGUACCUGUCAGUACUAAGCUGUAGAAAUCUGAUGAGAUGUACAUGUGUGCAUGUGAACAGGAGGAAGCUUUGUUAGUAACACUAAUAAUGUAGGCAUUAACAGAUGUCUGUAAGUAUGUACUGUCUUCCGUACAGUGAUGUGGAAGUGACCAGAACUAGCUAUCUGUAGGGUUAGGUACAUGUAAACAAUGUACUGUCAGUUGUUGAAGACGGAGGUUGAGCUGAAACUAUCUGUAGGGUUAGGUAAACACUGUGCUGUCAGCUGAAGACGAAGGUUGAGAUGAAGCUAUCUGUAAGGUUAGGUAAACACUGUACUGUCAUAUCAUGCUGGAGGUUGAGAUGAAGCUAUCUGUAGGUUUAGGUAAUCACUGUACUGUCAGAUGAGGAUGAAGGUCGGGAUGCAGCUGUUUGUAGGUUUAGGUAAACACUACUGUCAGAUGAGGAUGAGUGUUGGGAUGCAGCUAUCAACAGGGCUGUGUAAAUGUGUGGAACCUGAAGAUACAUGUAGGGAUAUCCAGUCUGGACUGAACAAACGGCGGAUCUGAAUUGAGCUGUAAGGAUAUUUGAAUUGAGCUGUAGGGGUUUGAAUUGAGCUGUGUACUACAGGAAGCAGUGGUUGUGUCACAGAAUUUGUACUGCUAUAUAGCCAACACGGUCUUGGACUGUUCUACCUUAUGGCUGAUCUAUGCCAGGAAGGUGUUAAUGUCUGUUGCCUUGUACCAGGUUUACGUGGGCAUCAUCGGUCUUUCACACCGGAUGACAGUGGUCAUUAAUGCUGCUCUUGUGCACAGUAUAAUGGCCGGCUACGAGCCAGUCUGCGUGGGUGGUUUGGACAGGCUGUUGUACAUGUGGGAGUGUUCUCUAAUCUAGCACACUGCUCCAAACUGCUUCACCAAGCUAGCCACUGUUGGGACACACACAGACCAGAAACAGGCAGGCUUGUUCCUAAAUUUCUUCACUAGCAUACAUGUUCAGCUGUCCCUUCAUGCAGACAUCCCUCUAUGGCUAGCUUGAUUUGAUACCCUGUUUGCACAGUCUUUGAGGACAGCUUAGAGAGAAUGGGGUAUGAAUGCCAGCAGAAAGCACACUGGUGCCAGAUUGCCAGAGUAGGCUGCAGGUUUCCUUGCAUGCUGCAGCUUAACAUACGAGAGAAUUCCAGGCCAUUAUAAUCAGUGUAUUGAUCUAACACUGAAAGAUCGAGCUUGCUUUUUUCUUUUUUUUUUUCCUUUUUAAUUCGCAGAUAUUGGUGUAAUCAGCCUUGUGUAAAUUACAAGUGCAUGGGCUGUUGUCCUAGACAUGCCCAAACACAAUAGUACCAAGACACUGGCUAGUCAGAAUUCUUGCAUACAGACUCUGCCUUCAUAGACAGCCAGAGAGUCCAUGGACAAUAUCAGUAAUCAUUUCUCUACACAUUUUAGUGUCCCAAGAUGUAUUUUGUACUUGAGUAAUGUGUUUCUAGAAUAUCCACAUUGAAAGGUGUCUGUGUUCUGCUCACCAAAACAUUCUACAUCUAUGCACAGCUCAGUUUUGUUUUUGUUUCGUAUUUUUCAUUUACUAACAUUUCGUUUUUUGUUCCACUUUUUUUUUUUUUUUUUUCCCUGGUGGUAUUACCAAGUGUACUGAAAACCUGUCCUGCACUUGUUUGAUAUUGCCUGAAGAUGUUAGUAUUUUAAAACAAAACGUUGAGUUGUGUUAGUUUAAACCUACCAAUUAGCAUUUGUCACUUGACGCUUUAAUAGCCUACAGUGUCUAUGACUGGCAAGCCGGGGCUAAAUGUGAGAAGGUUUUCUUGUUUAAUUUCACCUGAUAUAAUCAGACGCGUUCCACCCUUCCCAUCUCCUCCUGUACCUGCAGAGUUCUGUGUUCAGAACUGAAAGAUAGAAGAAGAAGAGUAGAUUAAUGAGCACGUCUCAAUUAUACCCUUUUAUAGCUAUUAUAUUAAUCAGGCCCCAGGAUCACGAAGCUGUCUCAGACAUACUCCUGCACUUCAUACAGUUAACAGGGCUAAUAUUGUGACUCAUUAUUAUAAGGAUUUUUAUUUUAAUACGAUGUGCUAGACCAAAAUUUAUUCAAAUCAACUUCAGGAAUAACGCCAGAAGUUAAGACUAAGUCCGACUUACGUCUAGUUAAGCUACCUUUGUUAUCCUGUGUCCUGAUUCUUAGCACGGCAGACUCGUGGCCUAAGUCCAGUAUAGACUGACAGUAAUGGCACACCUUCAUCAUUCCUCAUUAUUGUGAACAUUAACGAUUUAAACCACAGGUGUUGACACAGUUAACUUGGUUGGCCCUAGUACAUGGGGCAUUUUAUUGUGAUUGAGAAAAGAUAAAUUACCUCUUUGCUUUUUAUUGCACCGCUAUUGUAACUGCUUUUUCUUGUUACAUGUGCACUUUGAUCGAUGAAAAGAUGAGCAGUUCUCAGAUUGUAUGCUUGUUGGAAGUGGGUCAGACAGUACAGUACUGUAUUAACUCUGAGCAGUGAAGUGCUCUUCUCUACAGAUAAGCCCUUUUUUUUUUUUAAAUGUUGGGAAUAAGCCUUUAAUAGUGUUUGUACAAAAUAGCAGAUUUACAGACACCAGAGACCCAUAUCUUUACCACCCAAAUACAUCUGACACAUUUGUACAUGAUUAAGAUGAUUUAAAGAGGACAUUUACUGACGGAGAUUUCAUUAAAGGUCCUAUACUGUUUAAUAGUGAUGAUAUGUGUACAGUUGUGUGAAUGAGUUGAGCAGAUGUGAGAGAAGUGUUUGUGCAGGUAUCAGUACUAGAACAUGUGUGACAUAAUGUUUUGAUAUGGUGUGGUGUAUAUAUUUGUUUGGGUAUAUUGUUAAGGGUGUAGUAUUUAACACGUGUGAGUGUGACAAUGGGGGAAAGUGGUUUACUGUUUGUGCUGCAGGUCUGUAUAACAGCAAAGUUUUCACUAUUACACUGUACAGAUGUAUACAUAUAUUAAUCUCCAGAGCAGUAGUAACUCGCUCACUAUGCUCUGUGGCUAUGUACAGAAUGCAAGAAAAUGAAGGAUCAGCAAAAUUGGAGUUUUCUUUGUGGUAUCCUGCACGUAAAGAGAGGACUACCAUACAAACAUAAGUCAUGUCUUGUACAUUUACAAGCUGCAGCAUAUGAUAUUUUAUAUAUUCAGUUAGAACUGUCACCUGGAGCCAAACUACCUUGCUGGGCAAUACAGCAUUGUGGGAAUCUUGGUGGAUUAUCCCGAUAUUCAGUCCUACAGGCAUUAAGAGCCUAUAAUCUGAUGCAUUUGUAUAAUAUACAUGUACUCAAGCCGUGAGUUUAUAUCUGCCCAAAUCCAACUGUAUAUCAUUGUACUCAAUUCACAAAUACACACGUGAUCGCGAUGAACAAAUCCCAGUUGUGAACAAAGAGCGCUGUGAAUGACCCUUGCUGUCCACUCAUGAGUGUCGCAGGCUAAACAUUGCCUUCCUGAGAUAAAACUUCGAAAAAUUUAUAUUUUACCUUUUUGUACUAUAGGUGCUUUCAUAAGACGUGCGUGUACCAGUACAUGUACCAGUAAUUUGUAUAUUUAUACAGACUUUUCAUUGGAGACACGCUAAAAAAAAACAGUGCAAGUUGUGACAUUUGGAUGCUAUAAAUCCUGUGUGGCCAUUAUUAAAAAUCGUCACCAUAUUGUACACGUAAUGGUGGGGGCGGGAGGGGUUUUUCAUCAAAGGGUGAUACUGUAAAUUCUUACUUACCAAAGAUAAUAUGUUAUGCUUUCUCUUUAUUGUAAGACCAUGUUGAAUGUUAUACAGUAGUGUACAUGUAUGUGUACAGAUUGUGGAAUCCACAAUCUUGGAUAUGGAGACAGUCUCUCCAGUUUUUCUGUGUAUCUUAUAUUGAGAUGUUAACCUGUAUCCCCAAAUCACAACGUUAUACAUGUAUAUUACAUGGAUGUAUUUUUAUGUUGAAUACUUACCUAUGUGUUCGGCUGUGUCCGGUUUAUUGGUAUAUGGAGAACUGGCUGUCAGAUAGGUAUAUGGUUUGUUAUGUUGAUCUUGUUAUGGGUAUACUUGGUGUACAUGCCAUUAACAGCUACCUGUCUCUUUGUGUACAUUUUGGACAAUGGAAGUUUUGUUUGUAUGUAUUUUUUGUUCUGUUUUGCGUCCUGUUGUUCCACCAUUGUGAGACAAUCCUGGUAUAUACAUAUUUAUCUAGAUAUAGGUGACUCCUCAUCAGCACUGUUUUUUCCUCCAUUCUCAGUCUGUAUUGAUGUUUUGACAAGUUCUGGGUUGUCCAAUCAGACAACCUCAACCCAUGGCACUAAUCACCAAUGACCAUGCUUUAAGAAAAAAUAAACACCACAUA